CAAACCUAGUUUUUUAUGUGAUCUGUCAGCUGCCGCAGCCUGAGCGGACAUUAACAUCACAAACAUGACUAAAAUCUGGGAUCUGAUUCGACCUAAUUUUCUUUUCAUUUUCUCUCUAAUCUUCAACAUUCUUAUUCCCCUUUUGUUUUCUCUUAGGAUCUGACAGCUCCCUUCUCUCACCAACACCAAUCUUUGUUAAAACUCUCGCAUAUGCUGUCUCGUGAAUCUCACAGUCAUGGGAAAAAACCUCGCCGCCGAGAAAUGAAUUUCCCAAAUUCGAAACCAUAAUGGAUCUGGAGAAAGCAGGUACGAUGUGUUUCAUCUCAAGCAGAUAUGUCGAUCCUUGUUAGAUGUUCGUCCUUAAAAGGAUACUCAAAAAGGCUUGCUGAGGUUUUCUCAAAGGAUGUCAUAUCUUUCUUGGCUAGCUGUCAAAACUUGGUUCCACGACCGUGGGUCAUUGAUGACUUGGACAACUUCCAAGCCAAAUGGAUCAAGAAGCCUUGGAAGAAGGCAGUGAUUUUUGUUGAUAAUUCUGGUGCCGACAUAAUUUUGGGUAUUUUGCCCUUUGCAAGAGAGUUGCUCCGUCGUGGAACUCAGGUGCUUCUAGCUGCUAACGAGCUGCCAGCGAGCUGCCAGCUAUCAACGAUGUAACAUAUACAAAGCUUACUGAUAUCGUGUCUCAGGUGAUGAAUGAAGUAAUUCUUGAUUUUAACUAGUUUAAAGAAAAGUGAAUCUGGUUUAUUAGACUUAAUCUACCAGUUGAAGGAUGAGAAUGGCCAAUUGUUAGGUGUUGAUACUUCAAAGCUUAUUAGUGAAGCGCAAUCAAACAAAGUAUUUAACUAAUCUUGGCUUAGUUAACUUAGCAGCCGUUUUAUUCAGGGUUGUGGAAUCGAGACAAACCUUUAUGCUCAGUUUCAAGUGUGAUUCUCUCAAUAUUGGAAUGGUGAAGUAUGUUGAAGUAGCACAGUUUCUCCGAGGACGACUUUACGACUGUGUAUUUAAAUACAAUGAAGUUCAGAGUUGAUUAUAUUCCAAUAAACUUCACUCUUGACUUCUCCGCAACUACGAUUUUGUACUGAAUCAUCCAUACUAUAUACUGUAUCAUCAUGCUUUAUAAAAAGGAGAGACUUAAACCUUCCAAAUCAA